AAAUGUACGCCCUGGUGCGCUUAGCACUAUUUACGCCCUGAAUCCUUUAGGGGUUAACCGUAAAAACGCUGUUCUUUUCCAUUGUGUGAACAUGGCCUUAGAUUAAGUCGGGUCAAUUGAUAUCAAUGAAUGCGGUGGGUGUACUCUGUGGUAUGUGCCCCCCAAGUACACUAAAAGUGUAGGGCAAUGCGUUUCUGGUGUGAACCGAGCCCAAAUUGCAACAACACUGACAGAAAUGUUCCCACAAUGUGUGACGCGUUUCCCCCACAGUGAAUCAUUGAGGUCACAGGCGGCCAUGUUCUCUUCGCCAUAGUGACGACUAUGGCCACAUUUCUCACGCCGGAUCGACUCCACCUUCAUAUUCACAUUCGGGCUAAAAAAAUGUUCAUAGAACAGAUGGAGGAGUACGUGGAGGUCAGUCGGGAGAUGAUGAAGUUCAUGGUGUCAGACAACGCGGCGGCCAUCUUGAAGAAGAGCCUCGACUUGCAAGAAAAAAUGGUCGACUCUCUUAUAGAGACAGAGAGCGAGGUCUCGGACCUCUUCAGAGAAUUUCUGUCUAUAGAAGAUAAAGUAGCGCAGAAACUUCUGGAAACCGAAGAAGAGAAGCAGAAAUCGUCCUCCAAACUGAGGAAAAUUGAGCAGGAGCUGCAGGCCGUGUGUGACAAGAACGCCUCUCUGGAGAGCAGCAUUAAGUUCCUGCGAAAGGAGAUCGAGGAGAUGAAACUGCAGGAGGAGGAAAUUGCUGAUUUGGAGAGAGAAGCCGAAGAGGACACCACAGUAGUCAUUCCCUCCGCACUUUAUAUGGCAAAGCUGUUCCACUCUGUAACCAAGAUAGACUGGGAUUACAAUUGUGACUCCACACUUAUCAAAGGCGUCCACUAUGGAGGAGAGAUUGCUCAGCCCAUCAGUAUUGACAGCUCCCAGCACUCCAAGGUCUUCGUCUGUGAUUACCUAUGGAGCUUCCUGUCCACCGAUUGGUGACCAGGCCUGAGACCCAUGUAUCCGCCAUAUGGCACCGCACCUUGACUCUUUUUAAUGUGUCUUUCUAUGUUGUCUUUUUACAUUUUACAUCCUUUAACGUUUUUCUUUUGUAAAUAAA